GCCAACUACAUAAUAUAUAGUCACUGAGUCACUGAAUCAUUGUUGCACUGUGCCUCACUCGAAGUACACUAAUAUGGCAGCAAAUGCUAGAAGGACGCUGUCAGUUUUUACUGAUAAAUAUUCUCGGCAAUUCAACAUUCAACAUUUGAGGGAGGAAGACAUCAAUGCCGCUUUUCAAGUAAUUUUUGCUGUAAUUUUAGACGAUGAUAUUAUCAAGGCAUUAGGUUUCAGCUCGGACGAGGCGUCAAUGCAGUCUCUAGAAUCCUUCAUACGCGAACAUGUGAACACGCACCUCACAGUUGGCUGUUUCACAAGCGAGACGGAUGAACUAAUUGGAGUCGAUGUUUUAUAUGUACGGAGCUCGAACGAUAAUCUUAGAAACUACGGCCCUGAGUACGGAGAAAGCUUCUGUAACUACAUGAAGUAUCUGAAAUAUAUGGAGAGACGGCAGCGAUACAAUUUUGCUGUGAAAUUUAUUAAGUUCCUCACUUCACUUGGUUUGUUCAUAUUGCCGGAGUAUCAAAAUUCUGAUAUAGAAAAACGUAUGUUGCCUAUUCGAACAGGGGUGGCUUCAAUGCAAGGCAUAAGGGCAAACGGAGCUGCUCUGAUUGGGAAAACGAUGCAAAAUUUAGCCCAGCGUUUGAGGUACAAACUAUUAGAAGAAAUCAAAGAAUUUCGAGACUUGGAGUACCUCAUCGGAGCUGCUAUAUUUCCUAUUAAAAUUUUUGGAAAAAUUACUAUUUUAAGAACAUCAUCGUCAUCGUCAUCCCCAUCGUCAUCGCCACCAUCAUCGCCACCAUCAUCACCACCAGCCCAAAAACGUCCACCGAUGGUGACAGACCUCGCCAUUGACGACGACUAGCAAGGCGAUGAUACAACCUCAUCAAGAUAAAUUAUUAUAGUUAUCGGCUUACUCACGUAACU